GAUUAAUUCCUACUUUUGACACGACGGAACACCGUCUCAUGUAGCUGAUUAAGAACCGUCCAUGUCAAACAACCUCGAACCUGCCGCGGUUCAGGAAGGAGUGAUACCAUCGGUGUGCCCGAGCUUCCACUCUUGAUAGGGCCCAUCUCAAAACGCCGAAACUCUUGUUGAUCGCAAUUGGAGGGAUCGGCGGAUUGUUCUCUUCCAUCAGACGCGCCCAGAGAUUGACGGGUCUAUUUUGGUGAUGGUCGCAGUUCUUGCCGUCGCGGUCGUAGCAGGUGCAUGAGUGCUGAAUACACACCACUAAACUCCGUUGUCCCCACUCAAAGACUUCCGAAAAAGGCAUCUAGCAAUUCUAGACAUGCUGGGACGGUGACGUUCGUAUGGUUUGCUAUCGUCUAUGUCCAUGAAUUUACAUCCGCAUCGAUGUAUAAAGGUCGCUGUGGUCACCUUAGUUAAUGGCCACCAACAACAUCCACAGCUUCAUUCCUUUCAGUUUCUCAUCUCUUUCCUUACUGUCAUAUCUUCGGAUAUAGCCAUUCAUUCAAAACACAUUCAUUCAAUUUCAUCAUCUCCACUCUUUCCAUUAUUUUCAAUUCCCCAAUUUUCUCACAUCAACAUCAAAAUGCGUUCCGCAGUCAUCAUCGCUCUUACCGCCUCCGCCGUUGCCUUGCCCCUCGGCGAGUUCUUCGACAACUUCUUCGGCAACAAGGCCACCUUCACUGCCAUUGACCCUCCUGUUUUCCCUCACACUGCGGCCAACGUUGGUACUGGCACCAUUGGUACUGGCACCGCUACUGGAACGGUUGGCGUCCCAUCCCAGGGAACCUCCCUCCCCUCCACCUAUCCAGGCACCGAGCCUGUCGCAACCGCAACCGCAACCAAUGCUCCAUACUGGAAGCAGAAGCGUGACAAGAUUGUUGGAACCGCCUCUACCUACCCUGGAACUGGUGGUCCCACUGCCUACCCAACUGCCCCUGCCGGAACUGCAUCCAUGGGAAUUUACUACGAAGAGCCAGCCGAGUUCACUCCUCUCAAGAUCAACUAUCAGCUUGCCGAAACCUCCUCCGUGAUCCCAAUCCCGACCCCAACUUUCUCCUGGGGCACCGAAACUGAGGCCACUCAGGCUGCUUAAUUGCACGGCCUCUGUAGUCGAUGAAAUUCAGCCUAGGCUCAUCAAAUUUCUUUCUUCAUUUUUGGGUGGCUUUUGCUUUUAUGGGUUUCUUGUCAUCUGUUGGUUUGCAUGGUCGGUUACGAAUUCUUCCAUUCCUCUCUUGCAUGAGCGUGGUCUUCCUGGGUACAUUCUUCUUUACGUCACUGCAUCAACGUGGUUUCCUUGGAUAUCCUCCUCGUCUUUCGUGUUCUGCAUGAGCGCAUGGAUAAGCGCAGUAGCUGGCGAUUUGGUUGGCGUUUUGAUGGACUAGAAUAGAAUUAGAACGACA